UGUCUGGUCGCGGAAAGGGUGGAAAAGGUCUCGGAAAGGCGUCACAGGAAGAUUUUGCGUGACAACAUCCAGGGUAUCACCAAGCCCGCUAUCCGCCGUCUCGCCCGUCGUGGUGGUGUCAAGCGUAUCUCCGGUCUCAUCUACGAGGAGACCCGUGGUGUCUUGAAGACCUUCCUCGAGGGUAUCAUUCGUGACGCCGUCACCUACACUGAGCACGCCAAGCGCAAGACCGUCACCUCCCUCGACGUCGUCUACGCUCUCAAGCGCCAGGGCCGUACCAUCUACGGUUUCGGUGGAUAA